UCGGUGCACGUACGCACAGUACAGGUAGAUGUGGGUAUAGUGAUGAAACCAGUACUGUCUGUAGUGUAGCACCAGCAGUGACUUCUGAAUCGGUGAAACGUAUCGCUUGUGAAGCGAGAAAGGUGCUUCGUGGCCCAUGUUUGCUCGUCUUCCGUGUGGAACUCAUUAGAUCAAAUUGUUGAAAGGUCAGUCUGCAUUUGCAUCAAGGCGGUUCACAUGCCUGUAAGAUGGAGCAGGAACAAGUAACUGUUCUGAAGCUGUCUCCUCACGAAACCCAAGGUCUUCGGGAUGGCGUCAACCUCAUCAAUCGUUCCGAGAAUGAGAAAUAUGUAAUCUUCAAGGAGCCAGGGAGCGAUGAAUUCAAGGCGUGUCGUAACAAGUGCAAACAUCAAGGAGGGACGUUCAUCAAGGAUAUUGAAGAUGCAGACGGAUGUGUGAUAAAAUGUACCAAACAUGGUUGGAAGCUGGAUACCAAAACGAUGCGUUACACAAAUCCACCUGACAGCUUCAGGCAAGAACAGCUAGUAUCUGAAGUUGAUGAGGAUGGGAGUAUGUCACUGAUUGAACUCAAGCCCCCACAGCCAUGGGAGACAGACAGCAGAGACCGGCUUCCUCUACAGGUCGGAGAAGUCAAGGUCACCUACUUCACCCAUGCGUGCAUGGAGCUGAAUCUCGGGGGCACCAUCAUGUUCACCGACCCCUGGCUGACCGGCCCAGCGUUUGCAAGGGGAUGGUGGUUGCUCCACGAACCUCCAGCCAACUGGCUUGAUCGACUGGCCAAAGCAGAUUUCAUCUACAUAAGCCAUGUGCAUUCCGAUCAUUUAAGUUACCCGACUCUGGAGCUGCUAUCAGCAAGGAAUCCCGACAUUCCUAUCUAUGUUGGGGACACAUCCAUGCCUGUUUUCUGUAAACUAAAACAGAGCGGAGUCAAGCUCAACAAUAUCAACGUACUCAAGUUUGGCAAGUGGCAUGAGAUCAACAAGGAUACUCGUUUUAUGAUCAUGAUGGAUGGUGUUCAUCCUGAUAUGGAUACGUGCAUUCUUAUUGACUACAAAGGCCAUCUUAUUCUGAAUACAGUAGACUGCACCAAUCCUAAUGGGGGCCGCUUACCUGUAAACGUUGACAUCAUGCUGAGUGACUUUGCCGGCGGUGCUUCAGGCUUUCCUAUGAACUUCUUUGGUGGAAAGUACACAGAGGAAUGGAAGGAGCAGUUCAUAAAGAGAGAGCGUAACAAACUUCUAUACUACAAGACUCAGGUAGUACGGGAUGUCAAUCCAACCGUCUACUGUCCCUUUGCUGGCUACUUUGUGGAGGCACAUCCUUCAGAUGGCUACAUCCGAGAGACCAAUACGAAGAAUGACGCAGCGACACUCAAUGGUCUGAUUAACAAGUAUUCACCGGAGAUCAAGACAUGGACACCUAAACCCGGUGCUGUCCUGGACCUACAGAAGGCCAUCCAAGGAGACAGUGAUUACAUCCAGGAUCCACCAGCAGGAACCAAGGUCUUCAAGGAUAGUUGGGAGUUUGAGAAAUAUGUCAAUGGUGUGAACGAGUCGAUCGAGCAUGAGAUCUUUGCCUACCCUGAAUGGAUCAAGGAGUACUACAAGUGGGCUCACUUCCACAGCUAUAACCUGGUAGUCAGGAUGAUAGAGACAGAUGAUGACUUCAAGGAGAUAGAAGGAGGGUACAACUUCCUGAUUGAUUUCAAUGGUUUAGAACCUGAAUUUCCCACCGAGAGACCAAGCAGAGAGCAUAAUUACCUUGAGAUCAAGAACAGGAUAGGAGUGCACAGACAGACUGUACUGAAAGGGCUCUUCUGGGAUGACCUAUAUAUAGGAUUCAAUAACCAGAUCUCAAGGAAUCCGGAUACAUUCCAUUAUCUGUUCUGGAAUCACAUGCAGAUCUUACUGCCAUUCGAGCCUCCUAAUUGGGAUGAAUUCCUGGCCAAGAUGAAAGCAAACAACAGUCCAAGGAAGGACGUCUGGAAACCAUCUCAUUCCCAGAAAGCAAAUGGCAAUCACAAUGUAUACGCCGGAGGAGACAACGGACACGCCACCACGCUGAACGGCAAGCACGAGCCGCUCAAGAACGGAGGCCACGGCACCGCCAAACCCUCCGGAGGUAACAAAGGCGACCUCAUGUCGUGGCUGGUCCCCGUCGGAGUAGCAGCUGUAGCCGCUGGCAUAGUACUCUGGAGGAUGAAAUAGAGGAUGGGGGAGCAGCGAAAUGACGCGGCUCGGCUGUUGAUCGAUCGAAUCUUCCCAGUGGAUUUCAUACUGUUAGUCAUACGUGUAUUCUAUGGGCAAUUCUGUAGAAGAAUCAACCUUUUUGUACAUCUGUCCCCCUUACUUCACUUCGUAAACUGAUCUAAGUCAUGAUCAUUUGAGAACAUUACAGACUGUCACAAGAACCAGAAAUCAAAGACAGAAGAUUUCAAAAAGGUUUCCCAAACAAAGGAUCGGACGUACAUAUUUUAUAGAAUUGCCCCUAUGUUCUUAUUCCAUCCAGUGAUGCCAGACAAGGCACUUUAGGUGCAUAGAAGAAUUAACUAUUGAAUGAUAGCUUGUGUAUAUCACAGGGGCCGCGGAACCGGGGGGAGGCUUCAGGCCCCCCCCCCCCCCCACUUUUUUCCAAAACC